ACGCGUCCCGUUAUUUCACCAGUCUUCUGAAGAAACGUUGUGCAUCGUCAUCAAACGCUGUUGCGAAAUAAUUCCACGGGAAAUAGGCUCAAUGGGGCGCUUGGGCCAAAAGUGACCCAUCAAAGGGUGAAAACAGUGCCUUAUCGGGAAAAGAAAGUUGGUGCUUUGAUGAGUGUUAUGGUGGUUUUGAACAAUUACAUCUCCGGAUGACCUAAAUAGCCGUUUCUGACAAACACGACCGUGUCUCACGGCCGGUUUCAUUGUUGUUCCUUAAGACACCAUUAACAUAACGUGUGUGUUCGUUCGGUCACCGGAGAUGACCCCCGGAGUGAGUUAUCGCGCUUUCUGCUGCGGGGGCUGCUGAUUAGACCGGCUAAAUGUGGUGUGAUGUGAUUGAACUGUGACAAAAUGGCUACACCUAGGUCUGCACUGAAGCAUGGGCUUUUCCUCUUCCUGGCUUUCAUCUUCGUUGAAGGAGUGGACGAUUACUCCAACUCGUUCAUCUCCCCGAACUCCGCUCGAGACUCACACUCAAAAAUUGAGGAAAUUAAAUCGGGCGCUCGCACUUCCGCCCCUGAUAUCAUUUUGGUCACUUCAUCGACGAUAUCUUCGCACUCGCACAAAUUCAAGCGGUCGCCCGACCCUAUCUUGUCACGUACGGACGUUGACAGCUUCCUCACGUACAAAAACGUGGGGGAGUCCCUGGACAACAACGACGUGGAGUUGUCCGGCCGCGUCCUCAACAUAAAUCCCUCCAAGACCGACCACCAGCAGGCCCGCAGCGAGGUGGAGCAGACCGUCCUCUCGGGGGAAGGCCCGGGGGCUCCUCAAGGCCGGUCCUUGAAGGAGCCCCAGGAGAUCUCGCCGACUGCCACGGCCCCGGCGACUACUGCUACCGCCCUCCCGAAAGGACGGCAAGCCAACCCUGACAUCCAGGACAUCAUCACCGGAAUCGUGAAGCUGCUCAACGGCAAUGUCAACGUGCAGGCAAACACGGCUCCGGUAAUGGGGCGGCCUCUGCGGCCGCUGUCAACACGGAUAAAUAACAGGGGCCCUCCGAGGAUUACGGACGUGCCCGCUUUGCCGCCCGAUUUCGACAUCCCCGCGCCGCCGCUGCCGCCGCCGCCGCUUGGCCAAAAACCGCCGCCAGUCACUUCGACAAGAAUUCCCACGCCUUAUCCUUUUGAUAUCCCGCCGCAUAAUACUUCGCCGGUUAAAAGGCCGGGGCUUUAUAGGCCCGUUACGAUUCCGCCCUGGAACCGGAGAAAACCGCCAAGUCGGAGACCCAUUCCGCCGUACAAGCCUAUGCCGCCGAUUAACUCCGACACUAUCAGUUUGACGACUGAAAAACCCAUUCAGGACAUUUUAACGCUGGAUUUGGGCUCGCAGCUGCAGCCCACCGAAGAGGAACUUAAUUACGACGGUUAUGAGGAAAAUAAAAGCAAUCAGACUUUUACUAACUCGAAUGAAAGUAGUGCGGUGCAAUCUAACGAUAAGGAAAUCACCGACUUUGAAAAGAAUAAAGAGAAAAGCACGUCAAAGAUGAACAAACAUGCGGCUUCAACUACGAAAACCACGACAACUGUUAAAUCACAAACUACAACCCCUACUUCGACUUCGACCUCAACGGCUGCUUCAACAACCGAAGACCAAAUAUCUUCAACGUCCACCUCAACUUCCACCUUGUCGUCAACACUAUCCAGCAUUUCUCCAACUAGUACAGCAACUAUAGAACCAACGAGUGUUCUUUCUAGUACCAGUACUCAAACUACGAGUUUAGCCUUGUCAACAAAUAUCACAAAUAGCACAAUGUCUUUCAUUAAAAGUGAAGUGACCCCAGUGUUAGAAUCCUCAAUUCAAGAAGUUCUACAAACUCUGAAGGACGAUUUGUUGACUUCUACCACUCUAGCAAGCACACCAACCGAACAGUUGCCCAAAAUUUCGUCCUCCAAACCUGAUAAAACCGUAACAGAAGCUAGCUUGCAAACUAAUUUAGCAUCAGCUUCGGAUAAUAAAACAUCCAGCCAAGGUUUUCCCUAUUACCCCUACCGCCCGCGCCCGGGCAUAGUCCUCGACGACACUGAAUACAAGCCCGGGACCCACCGCCAGCCCAUCCUGACCCGUCCACCCAUCGGCCAGCUGGGCGACAUCUUCGACAUAACCGUCUCCGCCAUCCAAGGCCCUGGCGGCUCGACUUCCGACCAAGGCAAACCCUACAUCAUCUCAGUCGACUUAGAAAACGUGCAUCAUUUAGGCCAGGGCGGUGAUGUCAUCACCAGCCCCGUGGGCGACGAGGGCUUCGUUUCCAUCGACGGCAAACGCACCUACUUGAACCUCUUCGGCGACGGAAGUGUGUCGCUAACUUCGGCAGCCCCCGUCAUCAAGCCCAGCGCACCGCCCAGCAACCAAGUCACCGGAACGGGCUAUGCCGUGGUCGACGAAAAACCCAAACCCAACCUGGGACAAGUGAAACCGACCCAGAGGAGGCCCGUUUUUGGCCGACCACGACCUAGCCAGCCACCUGUGCGCAUUGAUACGUGCAUAGUGGGUGAUGACUCGACCUGUGAUGGGUCCCAACACGAGGUGUGCAAAACGGAGGCUGGGGUCAGCGCCUGUCAUUGUCGGCCAGGACAUGCCAGGCGGAAGCACCGAGAGCCGUGCAGGAAAAUCGUCUCGGUGCUUCUGUCUCUGAGAGUUGACCGCUUGUACGAAAGGAGAAUUGUUUGGGCCAACGAACUGGCCGAUAAGUCCAGCACGAGUUAUCAACAACUGGCCUACGAGGCCGAAAGAGCUUUGGAUUCCGCCAUGUCGAUGACGCCUUUCAGCGACGAGUUUCUGGGUGCUAAAGUGAACAGUAUCUAUCGAGGUGAAAGGUCAGCAGGUCAGCCUGGAGUCUUUGUCAACUUGACUCUCCAACUCGACGAAAACGCCGAAACUGCCAGAUCUUCAGUCCGGGGAGACAUCCAAAAACACUUAUUAGGAGUCAUCCAACGGAGAAGUAACAAUGUUGGUAACAGCGCAUUAUGGGUUGAUAGUCCUCCAGGUUCCAUCUCCAAUUUGCAAGACUUGGACGAGUGUUCCUCACCCGAACUGCACGACUGUCACGCUUUGGCCAAAUGCAUCAACAUUUUUGGGGGCUUUAGAUGCGAAUGUGGUGACGGGUACCGAGACAUUUGGGCCGACAACAAGCACAGAGCUGGGAGACACUGUGAGCAGUGCUCUGCCCAACACUGUAACAACAGAGGGGAGUGUAAAUACCAAAACGGACUAGAAGUUUGCAUAUGUUCCGGCAACUACUACGGGAACCAGUGCGAGCUGGACGGCGAGGUUCUUGGAGUGGCGAUCGGGGCCAGUGUAGCAGCCGUGAUCAUAAUCGGGCUGACUCUCGUCUGUUUGGUCAUGUGGAGCCGUCGUUGGAGCCGCGAGCAGAAAGCGGCCGUUGGCAGCCCCGUGUUCGGCUACAUGGCCACUGCGAGUAACACAGUCAAGGCUCCGGUCGUGGGAGCGCCUCCGUAUCAACUGACCCUAGAAGAUAGACUGAGAUGGGCUCAAAUCGCCGAUGUUAUGGCCCAAGCCAAUCAUUACGCUGUAUGUUUUCAUUCAGAUGAUAAAAGCAAGGCAAAUAUUUGUUUAUUGCAGCCGGAACCGGUAACUGGACCAACAAGACCGUCAAGUGCCAUGUUUGGUUAUCCUAAUUUAAGCGGUACUCUUCCGCAUGGUUCAAUGCAUGGAACUCUACCACCUGUGCCUCUGCCACGGCUUAAUUUGCAAGCGCAAAUGGCAAGUCGAGCUGCCAGUGUUCAUGGGAUGCGGCCGUUGGACAAUUCCAGUUCGAGUGAAGAGGAAGACAAAGCGGACUUGCUAGGGCGGAACUUCCAAGUGCCGAGGCCCAAAAGCAGGAGCAAUGCAUCGAUUGCUAAUCAAAGUGGUAUUUAUUAUGACGUAGACUACGACCAGAAUGAGAUAUACAAACAGUCCGGGGGAAUCCCCUUGAGUACCUACAGCAUGGGGCGCCCUCCCUAUUACAGGAAUUAAACGUUGUUUUGUAAAUAUUUAACAUAAAACACUAAAAACAGAUAUUUAUGGAAUGAAUAAAAGACUAUGGAUAGUAUUAUUUUAGUAGAAUAUUUUACAUUGUUAUAAUUUGUAUUUUACUGUCAGUAAGCGAAUAAAAGGCAAUUAAUUAGCGGGUAGUUGUUAUGUAUCCAACUGUGUAAUUUCUUGUAAAUAUCAAAAUCGAUUGAGUUUGGCCGUUUUGUAUUUUGUGUAAUUAAUAAAAAGCUCCAAACAAACAA